AUGAUUGGAAAACUUCAAGAUAUGCUGCCAAUAUACACGAUAAUUCUAUUUUCGCUAGUCCGUUUAUCUAUUACUCAAACGACGCAAAAUAUAAACGUUUUGUUGAUUAACGAAGAAAAUAAUGCUCUAGCUGAAAAGGCGUUUGAAGUCGCGAAAGAGUAUGUAAGGCGGAAUCCUAGCUUGGGUUUGGCUGUAGAUCCGGUGAUUGUGGUAGGAAACCGAUCGGAUGCCAAGAAUUUUUUGGAAAAUGUUUGUAGGAAGUAUAACGACAUGAUUUCAAAUAAGAAGACGCCACACGUCGUCCUAGAUUUCACGAUGACCGGCGUUGGUUCAGAAACUAUAAAGUCGUUUACUGCAGCAUUGGCCCUUCCAACUAUUUCUGGAUCAUUCGGCCAAGCGGGUGACUUGCGCCAGUGGCGUUCCCUCAAUCAAAACCAAACGAAAUUUCUGCUACAAAUAAUGCCUCCCGCAGACAUUCUACCUGAGUCUAUAAGAGCUAUUGUUAUUAAGCAGGACAUUACGAAUGCGGCUAUAAUAUUCGACGAACUUUUUGUCAUGGAUCACAAGUACAAAUCAUUACUUCAAAAUGUUCCUACACGUCAUGUUAUAACACCGGUAAAAAGUUUCAAUAAAGACGACAUAAAAAAUCAAUUAAGAAGUCUACGCGAAUUGGAUAUCGUCAAUUUCUUCAUCGUCGGCAGUUUGAGGACAAUAAAAAAUGUUUUGGACGCGGCUGAUGAAAAUCAGUAUUUCGGAAGAAAAACAGCUUGGUUCGCAUUGUCAUUGGACAAAGGUGACAUUAGCUGUGGAUGUAAAGAUGCCACGAUUGUGUACCUGCGACCGACACCUGACGCAAAAAGUCGAGACCGUUUGGGGAAAAUCAAAACAACAUACAGCAUGAACGGUGAACCGGAAAUUACGUCAGCCUUCUAUUUCGACUUGUCCCUAAGAACAUUUUUAGCUAUCAAAUCACUCCUGGAUUCUGGCAAGUGGCCAAAUGACAUGAAAUAUAUCACGUGUGACGAUUACGAUGGUAAGAAUACACCUAACAGGACCUUGGACCUCAGAAGCGCUUUUCAAGAGGUGAAAGAGACGCCUACGUAUGCACCUUUUUAUAUUCCUGAAGAUGAUCCAAUGAACGGUAGAAGUUACAUGGAAUUCAGUACAGAUCUCUCAGCAGUUUCAGUCAAGGAUGGUGCAUCUAUAGGUAGCCGUUCACUUGGAUCUUGGAAAGCCGGUCUCUCGAACCCUUUGUCAUUGACCGACCCUGACAACAUCAGCGAUUAUUCAGCUCAACUAGUGUACAGAGUCGUGACAGUGGAGCAACAACCUUUUAUUAUUAGAGAUGACGAUGCCCCUAAAGGGUUCAAGGGCUAUUGUAUUGAUUUAAUUGAGGAGAUACGACAAAUUGUUAAAUUCGAUUACGAAAUAGUAUUAUCACCGGAUGGCAAUUUCGGCACAAUGGACGAAAAUGGCAAAUGGAACGGGAUCAUUAAGGAGCUGAUAGAAAAGAGGGCAGACAUAGGUUUGACUGCAUUGUCCGUGAUGGCAGAGAGGGAGAACGUGGUUGAUUUCACUGUACCGUACUACGAUUUGGUAGGCAUCACUAUUAUGAUGAAGUUGCCAAGAACGCCAACAUCCCUAUUCAAAUUCCUGACGGUCUUGGAGAAUGACGUAUGGCUGUCGAUAUUAGCAGCGUAUUUCUUCACAAGCUUCCUAAUGUGGGUAUUCGAUAAAUGGAGCCCGUACAGCUAUCAGAACAAUCGGGAGAAGUAUAAAGAUGACGAAGAGAAGCGAGAAUUCACACUCAAGGAGUGUUUGUGGUUCUGUAUGACUUCACUGACACCUCAAGGUGGAGGGGAAGCUCCAAAGAAUCUCUCUGGACGCCUCUUAGCAGCUACCUGGUGGCUUUUUGGUUUCAUCAUAAUUGCAUCGUACACAGCAAACUUGGCGGCAUUCCUGACCGUUUCACGACUUGACACACCAAUAGAGUCACUCGACGACUUGUCCAAACAAUACAAAAUACAAUACGCACCUCUGAACGGUUCCUCAGAGAUGACCUACUUCGAGAGGAUGGCUAACAUUGAAGUAAGGUUCUAUGAGAUUUGGAAAGAGAUGAGUUUAAAUGACAGUCUUAGCGACGUUGAAAGAGCAAAGCUAGCAGUGUGGGACUAUCCAGUCAGCGACAAAUACAGUAAGAUGUGGCAGGCAAUGAAAGAAGCCGGUUUGCCGAACUCAAUUGAAGAGGCUAUACAGCGUGUGAAGGACUCAAAGAGUUCUAGUGAAGGUUUUGCAUGGUUAGGAGAUGCUACAGACGUGAGGUACCACGUGUUGACCAGCUGCGAUCUCCAGAUGGUCGGUGAUGAGUUUUCGAGGAAGCCGUAUGCAAUUGCUGUCCAACAAGGUUCUCCGUUGAAGGAUCAGUUUAAUAAUGCCAUACUUCAACUCCUCAACAAACGGAAACUGGAGAAGCUGAAAGAAAACUGGUGGACAAAUAAUCCUAAUGCAAUGAAAUGCGAAAAACAAGAUGAUCAGUCAGACGGUAUCUCAAUUCAGAACAUAGGCGGCGUGUUCAUAGUAAUUUUCAUGGGUAUCGGCCUCGCCUGCAUCACACUUGGCGUCGAGUACUGGUGGUACAAGUGGAGGAAACGAUCUACCAUCGGCGACGUUACACAGGUGGAACCAGCUAAAAUAACAAGAAACAACGAGAACUUUGGCAUUUCAAAAGGAAACGAGGGAUUCACAUUUCGUUCUAGAAAUUUCGGCCUGUCUAACCUAAAGUCUAAGUUUUAAUUAAAUUGUAAGUCUGUAAUUGAAUCAGACGUUUAUUUAGUUCUCGUUUAUUGAGGCAAAGGUAUUUUUUACGUUAUAUUUACUAGAUAUAC